ACUUUAAAGAGCCAAUGACGCCGGCUCUGUCAUGUGAUCAGCUGUGUCCACUCGCAGCUGAUCAUGUCCCCAUCAAUACCACCUGUCAGUGCCCAUCAAUGCAACAUAUCAGUGCCUACCAGUGCACAUCAAUGCCACAUGUCAGUGUCGCCUAAAAGUUCCAAUCAGUGCCAUAUAUGAAUCAGUGCCAUAUAUGAGUGCUGCCUUUCAGUACCCAUCAGUGAUGCCUGUCAAUGCCCAUCAGUGCCUUUUCAUUAGUGCCCCCUCAUCAGUGCCCAUCACAGCCUCAUUAGCACACUUCAGUGAAGGAGAAAAAUUACUUGUUUACAAAUCUUAU